CCCGUGUGUUGUUCGUGUGUCGCGAGAGGUUUGCAAAAGCUGUGAAGAAAGAAAAAGGUUGAUUUGAUUGGCAAAAUGUUGUCAAUCGGCUGGUUCCGGAACGGUUAACCAAGUGAAAACCGUGAAAUUGACCGCAUGUUCAUCUCAACGUUUGUAAAAGUGAGUAAAUUUGUUUCUCGUCACUACUUCCUGGUCGAAUGGUGUGCCGUAGUGUUUACAGAGAACGAAGAGCAUCAUUUCUGGUGUUAGUGUUUCGGGACGAAUUGUUCCAAAAAUUCCGUUGUUAAAAAAUAGCUUUCCCUCGCGCUGGUUUUGUGUCGAAGGAGGGGAAAGAGAAAAGUGAAGCAGCGGGCGAGUGAGGGUUGAAUGAGUUGAUGACAAACCCCAGAUAUAUGUGUGUGGUGAUAAUUUGCAACAAAAUAAAUACCGACGACUGCUGAGUGUGCGAAAAAGAAGAAGAAGAUCUUGUUGAAAAAGUGUUUUCCGAGGUGUGUGUUUCAUUGUUUGGUGUUGUUUCAUCAAUAAACAGCCGUUGGACGGCAGGUUGAAGGUAUGCAAACCCUUCAAUGCAUUCAUUAGCGAAACGAAGACGACGAAAAAAGUGAAAAAGUGCAAGAAAAUUAAGGAGGAAGUGAAGAAUUCUUGGAACAAAAAGUUGAAGGCUACUUCGAUGCGAUCCAAUAAAAACAGUUGGAAUUCCAUUGGGUCGGCGAAGUUAACAGCAAGUGAAACAGAGUGACCAGCAGCACGCCUGCCUGAACGACGAGGCCUCCUACUGUUGUGUGGGAGGUAAAAUUAAGUUUGGGAGAUCAACCGAACCCGAUCAAUCAAACAAUUCCGUAGAAAAUCGGUGCACUUUUAAGCCAAGGGCCAUACGUGUGGUGGCCGGCCAAACAAAAGGAUCUCGAGCUAAGAGGAAAGGGCACACAGGAUGGCGUACCAGAAGCCAAUAGACAUCGACGGAUAUGUCACGCAGAUGGCAAAAGCAGACAUGCGCGUGAAGGCCCAGCUGGCCGAGGAUCUGGUGCUCUAUCUGAGCGAUUCGGAAAAUUCCAUUGAAUGCACCGACCUCGGGCUGCUCAUCGAUGGGCUCAUUCCGUGGAUGACCGGAAGUCACCAUAAGAUCGCACAGCGCGCCCUGGAAGCGUUUACGGAGCUGAUCGUGCGCCUGGGACAAGACUUUAAUGCGUACACUUCGACCAUCCUGCCGCAUGUGAUUGACCGACUCGGCGAUAGUCGCGAUACAGUGCGAGAGAAGGCACAGCUGCUGUUGCACAAGCUGAUGGAGUGCCGAGUUGUUGCCCCACAGUCGCUGCUGGAUAAGCUGAGCGUCUGCUUUAAACACAAGAAUGCCAAGGUGCGCGAAGAGUUUCUGCAGACGAUCGUCAGCACGCUGAACGAGUACGGCACACAGUCCCUGUCGGUGAAGAUGUACAUCCCACCGAUCGUGAUCCUGCUCGGGGACCCUGCGCCAACGGUGCGUGAUGCCGCCAUUCAGACGUUGGUCGAGAUAUAUAAGCAUGUCGGCGAAAAGUUGCGCUUCGAUCUAAAGAAGCGUGAUGUACCAUCAACCAAGGCGACCAUUCUCGAACAGAAAUUUGAUGAGACACGGAAUGAUGGGCUGUUGCUGCCGUCGGCACUACAGGCAGCCAGCGGCGGCGGUGGACACGAUGAGCUGGACCGAGCCGCGGUCGUCGAGCGGCCAACGCGGUUGGUGAAGCGUACACCAUCGGCCACACCACGGAAGCCACUUUUCGAAACGCAGACGGCCGGCUCGGGUGAUCUGCUGCUAGCAGCGGGUGCCGUGUCCCACGAGGUGUUCGAGGCUUCCUUUGAGAACGUACCACAGCUGACGAUCUUCUCCCAGCGCGACAUGGACGAGCACAUGAAAUCGAUCAACACGCUCAUCGGUGACAAGAACGUGGAUUGGGAGAAACGGGUGGACGCGUUGAAAAAAAUCCGUUCACUGCUGAUAAUCAAUGUUCAGGGUUCGCCGGCAUUUACGCAGCAACUGAAGGAUCUUUCGAUUGCGUUCCUCGAUAUCCUAAAAGAGCUCCGGUCGCAAGUGAUCCGCGAGGCGUGCAUCACGCUCGCGUACAUGAGCAAAGUGUUGCGAAGCCGGUUGGAUCAGUUCGUCAUCUACAUUCUGCAAGAGUUGAUCAACCUUAUCCAAAAUUCGGCCAAAGUAAUCUCGUCAGCGGGCACGAUUGCAUUAAAAUAUGUGAUCCGAUACACGCAUGCACCGAAGAUCAUCCCGAUCUUGACGCAGAAUCUCAUGCUCUCGAAAUCGAAAGAUAUCCGCAGUACACUUUGCGAGAUGCUCGGUCUGUUGUUCGAUGAGUGGCCAACGAAGGCUUUGGAAAAACACAGCAGUCUGUUGCGCGAAGCCUUACGCAAAGGAAUGGUCGAUGCGGACAAUGACGCCCGGCGAUACAGUCGAUGUGCAUUCUGGAGCUUUCGGCGCCAUUUUCCGGAUUUGGCAGACAACUUGUACGGCUCGUUGGACAUUUCGACACAGCGUACACUCGAGCGUGAGCGGGACAAUCUCGGAACAAACGCAGGAGCAGCCGGUGGCUUUAGGAGUGUGUCCGCCGUUGACACUGCCGCUGCCCAGCGGGCCCGUGCCAGGGCACAAUAUUCAACCCUGGCACGGUUGAAAGUGACCUCCGGAACGGCGUCUCUACAGGGACAUUACGCGCAACAAGCACGUGCUAAAAAGACACCGUCAUCAGUAUCCGCCACUUCAUCCUCCGUAAGCAACGCGACCACGCCACAGCAACCUCCUACACCGGAACGCAAGAUCCGAUCGAGGGCAGGAGUGUCACAGUCACAGCCUACAUCCAGAAGUACGUCUCCUUCGAGCAAGUUGCGUGACAUGUAUAGUGGCGUCACGUCUCUGUAUCGACAAACGGGUACGGUGCCGAAAAAGACUCAGUCUGGCAUUCCGCGCUCAUUAGCAAACUCUCGAGAAACUAGCCCGACCAGAUCGCAUACACAGUUCGGUUCAUUGCGCCGUCCCGGUUAUGGAACCGGUAGCCCUCGACGGCCGCCGCUGAAUCCUGGUCGGCCGGUAUUGGCGCAGAAAAUUCUGCAGCAAAGUCGCGAGGCUGAGAAUGCUCUUGCGGAUGCAUUAUCGCCAGGGGACGAGCAUGAUAUGCCUUGCGCAGACUUUGCUAGGUUAGCGCUGCAUCGUAAAAUUUCGCGCGAUGAGUCCGAUGAAAGUGAAGCGUCCUCGGUAUGUUCCGAGCGCAGUUAUGAUAGCUACCGACGGGGCAAUGAUUCGUUUUCAUGGAAUGGUUCGCGCACGCGAUUGGACAGUUCACGACAAGUGAUCGACGAUAUCGAUACGAUCAUCCAGUUUUGCGCCUCGUCGCACUGGUCCGAGCGUAAGGACGGAUUAAUCAAUUUGACGCAGUACCUCAGCGAAGGCAAAAUGCUGACGCAACAGCAGUUACAGUGCGUGUUGGACCUGUUCCGUAAAAUGUUUAUGGAUCCACACAUCAAAGUGUACGCACUGUUUCUGGACACUGUAAAUGAGCUGAUUCUGUCGCAUUCGAAUGAUCUGCACGAUUGGUUAUUUAUACUGUUGACGCGUCUGUUUAACAAGCUCGGGACAGACCUACUGGGUUCUAUGCAUGGCAAGAUCUGGAAAACGCUUCAAAUAAUCUACGAGUACUUCCCUUCUGAACUACAGCUCCAAUGUGUCUUUCGAAUAUUAGUUGACAAUGCGCAAACACCGAACGUGAAGACACGCCAGGCGACCUUGAAAUUUCUUUCCCAGUUAGCUACAAGCUACUGCACGGCGUCCCAGUUUGUGGUGCAUCCGCAGAACCAGCAGGUCGUUAAUCACGCGAUCCAGAAGAUCAUUCAGACGUCUCUCGAUCAGAAAAGUAUCGAACUAAAGUCGCAGGCGCGCAUGUGCAUCGUGGCGCUAUACAACUGCAAUCCAUCACAGAUGACAAUGGCUCUAGCCAAUCUGCCGAAACAGUAUCAAGACACGGCGAAAAUCUAUAUCCAACAGAAUAUGAGAAGAAGCACUUCAGGAAAUGAUAGUCCAUCAUCUCCACUGUCGUCUUCGAGCCCCAAACCAUUGCUUAGUCCUCAGCAGGGGCCGUAUAGUUUACAGAACAUCGCUAGUAAGUUAUCUAUCACCCCCACAGGUCCGCGAUCACGACAAGCAUCGGUGGAGGCAGCGGCGGAAUCAAUGAACACGGAAGAAGUGUACAAGAAUCUGCGCAAAACCACGGCAGAAAUACAAAACUACAGCUUUGAGAGCAAACUUGACCGUGAUACAAACAGCAAGGAUUCCGGUAUCAGCCAGAUGGGUGAAACGCACAUGAUGCAAUCGAUGACCGUGCUGGACGGUGUUGGCCAUGGUGUGUAUGGAAUGGCAUCGAAUGGAAUGAAUGGCCAUAUAGGCGGAGGCAUGGGAGGUCUUGAAAAGGAUGAUUCAUGUAAUGGGUCGAAGACACAGUCAGCAACAACCACUGAGUCAAACACACCGGAAAAUACCGUACGGCUCGAUAGCAUGGAUCUGGCCCACAAAACGAUAGCACAACAGCAACAGAUGCUUCAGCAGCAGCGUCACCAAAGUUACAGCUGUGCCGAGAAUGGCGAGCUAGUACUGGACAAAGGUGUUAAAGAAAACGAUGUGAUUAAAGCUGCGAUUGUACUAACACUCCAAUCGGCACCGGAAACCACAAAACAGGUGCUAGAAAAUUUGCAAAUUUGCAUCAAACAUGGAUCGUGUGAACUGCCCAUAAAAAAUUUCAAAGCAAUCAUGAAAAUGUUACUGCAUUUAAUGGAAUCGCAGAAUAACGAUGUGCUGAUAGCAUCACUGCACACUCUUGGGCGCAUCGUACGAAGCACGGAGAUGAAGGCAUGCUGGAGUAACUUUCUCGAGCUGAUUCUAUUAAAGAUAAUAGACUGUUAUAAAAUUAGCAAAGAGGUGUCACGAGAAAUUGACAUAAUCGUGGUGAAGAUUGCCGGCGUGCUACCGCUGGACAUUUCCGUAAACAUACUUAACCCAGUCAUUGCGACUGGUGAAUUUCCAGCGAAUCUGUGCGCGCUGAAAAUACUGACCGAGCUGACACAGAAGCAGGGCAAGGAUCUGACCGAUAAUCACCUAGAUUGUAUAAUGCCAAAUGUAGCUAGGCUCGCUGAUGAUAGUCAAUCGAUGGUACGGAAAGCGGCAGUGUUCUGUAUCGUGAAGCUCUAUAUUGUGAUGGGCGAAGAGAAAGUGAAACCAAAAUUCUCCCUACUGAACGCGAGUAAGAUAAGAUUAUUAAAUGUGUAUAUUGCAAAAUCAAUGGGCAACGGUGGCAGUAGUAGCAAUAAGGGUGGAUUGUCGACGACAGCAAUGUCAUGAUCCAAAAAUGCCAAGUGAUUAUUAUUCAAAGGACGCAAAUUUGCUAAAUUGCUCUGCAAAUUUCGUAGAAGCAUCUCCGUUAUUCAAGAGUAAAACUAUUUAUAAUCCUACCUACCUACCACAGCACACCGCAAUUCUUUCCAAUGCGCUUUAACCCCAACUCUGACCUUUUUUCUCUCUUCCUUCCCCUAAUCGGAACUAACAAUCAAAAAACGAUCGGUUAGGAUCGGUAUGAUGUUUCGGGAAUGUUACACAGAACAAAUGAGGUGAUGGUGGAGGGCAAGAGAAUUGAGGAAAAGAGACACGAUAAGUUUUGUAUGUGUGCGUGUGUGUGCGUACGUGUCAGAGUGUAUGUGCGUUGUGUACUGUGACGAUGUCAUCCUUGUCUUUAUCCGGUUGUGCUAUAGGUAUAGCUUACAUUAUGCAAAACUGUGAGUCUAACACCCCGCAGUAUUCCUUCCUAUGCGAAUGGCUUUCUAUUUUUUGUUUUGUUUUACACGAUGAGCAUGGUAACAGAGGUCCUUUGUUUUCGAAACUUCUUUUAAUGAAGCUAGUUUAACCACCUAAUCGAACCACUAGCGAACGAUCAUGAAUAGACUAAGGAGGCAAGAUAAUAUACAGCAUUCUUAUAUACAUACUAAUAAAGAUUUGAUUGUAAAGAACCAUUUUGCUCUGUUCGCACAAGCUACUGUUGCUCGCAGUUUUAGCUAAAUUGACUGGUGAGAGGUGUAAGAAACGGCCAAAAGGAAAAUGGGACCGCAGAUUCAGUAAUUCUGUCGGAUGUCUUCGCAUAAUAAACGAUAACGAAUACGAAAUGCAUGCAUGGAACAGAUCGAUCGAGCAGGAAACAAUUGCCUUUAAUUUUAAUGGUUUAUUGCUGCAAAUAGAAUGUGUGCUUGUUUGUUUAGGCCACUCGAACACUAAGUUGCAGAAAAAGUGCGCUCGUAAUAUAAUAACAAACAUAUAUAUGCUGCCGUUUAAUUGUGUAUCUCAGGAUGAUCAUAUGAGAUAUCAUUUUAUGAAAAUCAUAAGUGACUCAAAUAAUGGACAAUGUUUUUUCUUUGUUUGACUUUGAAAAGGGCACGUGGAUGCAAUACAUACAUGCUUAAAAAUUCAUUUGAUUUAAAAUGAGCACAUCGAUGUGCUUCUUCUAAUAAUCAGUAAAAACAAAGAUUGAUCAAAAACAUAAACGAGGACGAAAUGCUUUACUACAGGCUCGGCACGGAGAUAAAAUCUCGACUAGUAUCGUGCGGUACUAAUACGAUCCUGCUAUAGAUAAUCGGAUUAUCGCAUAACCGACAAAGCCACCAAGCAAACAUCAAGUCAAACCAGAAGUGGUUCUGUUACACGAAAAAAAGAAGCAACAGCGAAGAGAAACGGAUCAAUUAAAACAUCCCGCUCAUUUCACAAUUUGAUAUCAUUCCAGAUGUUUGGAGGAUGAUGAUGCAUGUGUUUUUGAAGAAAAGUAAACAAUAAUUGAAUAUAGUAAAGCUUUCGUACUCUUGCACUGUUUUCUGUUGAGACGGGCUGUCGGGAUGCGUUCGGUUUUGAAAGUGAAUUGAGGGAAAAAGGCACAACACAUCGCGCCAUAGCAGCAAACUUGAAAUCGUCGCAUAGAAACGACCGAGAACAAAGCAAGCUUAAGUAAGCAAAGUAAACAUAAUUACUUUAUAUUUUCUAAUAAGCGAAUGUGGAAAGAAGAAACAUUAAAACAGAGAGAGAAAGACUACCUCUACUCGGGAUGUCUAGUCGCGUAAUCGUUAAGAGACAAACAGCAUACUAUAGGUUCGCUUUUUGUUCACACGGUAAUAUUCGGUGGUAAAAGUUCAAUGUAAAAAAUGUAAGAAAUAAAAACACAAACACACACACUUAAACUAAAAAACACUCACAAAGCGAAGCCAAGAAGGAGCGGUGUUGAAACAUACGCAAAAAUAGUGUAAAAAUCGCUGCAAAGUACAUGCUACACGAACAUGAUAAAUGGAGAGCGAAGCGGACGCUGAUAAGCAAAGAAAAGAUAGCAAAAGUAAUCGGAAAAUGCUAAAGGAAGGAAAGCCCGGACAAAGUUUAACCAAUAACGAUUAAACCCUUUACUAAUAAAGAGAAGAAAACACGAAACGUUAAUAGAAGAAAUCUGCAUGGUUGAGGAAUGUGGUUGUUUAUUUUUUUUUAUUUUAUGUGUUUGUCAUUGUGUUGACGUCUUUUUUCGUAUUUUGUUUGUUCCUUUAUGUGCAUUCAGUAUUUUAUUUCUUACAUGUAACUCGAAGUGCGUAUUACAAAGGAAAAAUAUGCGCAUUAUUUGAGAAUGAUUUGUUUCAUAAUUGGUAUUAACAAAACCGCUAUAUUUAAGUUGAUUUUCGUUUUAGUUACCGAAUCAUAUGUAACUGCUUCAUCGUGUGCUUCCGUGUGAUCGUCAUCGUCAUCGUCAUCGAUGGUCAUCGUGUGAGUCAAUUCCUUGUUUAUUUUUUUUCUUUGGUUAUUUAUCAGUAUUCUUGCUUUCUGGUUAUGGUGAUUUUUUAAUAAUUAAAAGUUUUGAUUGAUUUGAAGUGUUUAAUUUUACACAGUUCCAAUAGUUUUCGUUUUAUUAUUUUAAGGUUAUUGUUACGUUGGAGUCGUGUAUAAUGUUAAAUCCUUUGAAGAAAAGGUUAAACACAAAAAAACAGAAAAUACGCUUAAUUAAAUGCUUCUCGCGUCGAAUCAGAUUUAAUUCACAGUACGAUGAGCUUUCCAGAUGUUAAUUUAAAUUUUGCAGUUUUGUGUUUAAAAAAGCUAAAUGUUUAGAAGAAAGGCAAAGAAGGAAGGAAUAUUUAGUAUUCAAACAUGUAUGACCAAAUUAAAUCAAGUUUCAUGCUAAACAUGUUUUUGCGCCAAUUUACUCCAUUCGUCUGCAGCAAGUCCAUUCCUACUUCUCUUAUUCCCUUGCUACAAUAAGCUUUUACUGUUUCCUCGAGUUUUGCCACUUUUCUACAACUGAUUGUUACGCAUUAGUUUAGACAGUUUAACGUUUGUACGAACUAAGCGCGACGGUUGUUUAAAUACGGAAGUAGGAGUUCCAAAUUGACGUUACUGAAUCCGUGUGUCCGUUAUGGAAGGGAAUCAAACGAAAAAUCAUUAGCCCUUAAAAACUUUAUUAUUUGCCAAAACAAAUUGCAAGCGCAUGGAACGAGUAGAUCGAAGCAAUUUUACCAUAGGUUGCACUAGAUGUGUCAUGAAACAGCUCAGCACAGCUGCUUGAGCAGCACCAAUCAGCAGUGUUAAUGAAC